AUGGAUAGUCACCUCCUCAAACAACGACGGAUGAACUUCCAGUCGCGCCUAUCCAAAACCACUGUAUACGGGCUUCUCUUCGCCGACGACUGCGCCCUCAACACCAACUCGGAAGCGGAAAUGAAAAGGAGCAUAUAUCUCUCCUCCGCCGCCUGCGGUCUGGUGAUCAACACGGAGAAGACGGUGGUUAUGCAUCAACCGACACCCAACACAGCCCCUCUCCACAAUGCUCCGAAGAUCAGCGUGAACGGAACCCAACUGCAAGUGCUGGACAACUUCCCAUACUUAAGCAGUACCCUCUCCCGCAACACCAAAAUCGACGACGAAAUCGCCCGCCGGAUAUCGUAG